CCCGGCCCCGGCCCCCUGGAUCCUUCGGGGCGCCUUCACCCAGCUGUUAGCAUGAUGUCUUACCUCAAACAACCCCCAUACGGCAUGAACGGGCUGGGCCUAGCCGGACCGGCUAUGGACCUCCUACACCCCUCCGUGGGCUAUCCGGCCACCCCGCGGAAGCAGCGACGGGAGCGCACCACCUUUACGCGCUCUCAGCUGGACGUGCUCGAGGCGCUCUUCGCCAAGACUCGCUACCCUGACAUCUUCAUGCGCGAGGAGGUGGCGCUCAAGAUCAACCUGCCAGAGUCCAGAGUCCAGGUCUGGUUCAAGAACCGCCGCGCCAAAUGCCGCCAGCAGCAGCAGAGCGGGAGCGGGACCAAGAGCCGCCCAGCCAAGAAGAAGUCGUCCCCGGUGCGGGAGAGCUCGGGCUCCGAAAGCAGCGGCCAGUUCACUCCGCCCGCUGUGUCCAGUUCCGCCUCGUCCUCCAGCUCCGCAUCGAGCGCUUCGGCCAACCCGGCGGCUGCAGCGGCUGCAGGCCUGGGCGGGAACCCGGCGGUGGCAGUCCCGUCGUCGUUGAGUACGCCGGCUGCCUCGUCCAUCUGGAGUCCGGCUUCCAUCUCGCCCGGCUCAGCGCCCGCUUCCGUGUCAGUGCCCGAGCCUUUGGCCGCGCCUAGCAACGCAUCGUGUAUGCAGCGCUCGGUAGCCGCAGGCGCCGCCUCUGCCGCAGCCUCCUAUCCCAUGUCCUACGGCCAGGGCGGCAGCUAUGGCCAGGGCUACCCCGCGCCCUCCUCUUCCUACUUUGGCGGCGUGGACUGCAGCUCAUAUCUAGCGCCCAUGCACUCGCACCACCACCCGCACCAGCUCAGCCCUAUGGCACCCUCCUCCAUGGCGAGCCACCAUCACCACCAUCCCCACGCGCACCACCCGUUGAGCCAGUCCUCAGGCCACCACCACCACCAUCACCACCACCAUCACCAGGGCUACGGCAGCUCGGGGCUCGCCUUCAACUCUGCCGACUGCUUGGAUUACAAGGAGCCUGGCGCCGCCGCCGCUUCCUCCGCUUGGAAACUCAACUUCAACUCGCCUGACUGUCUGGACUAUAAGGACCAAGCCUCAUGGAGGUUUCAGGUCUUGUGAGCCCAGGAGUGGGAGGAAGAGAAGAAGAAACGCAACUACCUGCGCCCUCCGUGGUCCCCGUCCAGUUGUUGCUGCUGCUGCUGCUGCACUGCCCGCCUUUGCCUCGGCUUUUCCAGACCUGAAAUUUCACGCUCCCAAAAGAUGCCCAUUGCUGCACUGCCGCCCUCAUCUUUGUGCCACUUGCUUGGGGGAUGUGCAAACCUUGCCCACCCCUUGGAUGAGGGGACCGGUGCUUCGGCUUGGCCCACAAGUUCUAUACGGGAGAGCUGUGUGCUCCCCUCCUCAACCCCUAACGAACUCCUAAGUCACCAUCUUCUAGUCUUUCUGGACAGUUAUUAUGCGCUUGCAGCCUUCGGAGGCUCUUCGCUCUGACUUGCUGUUUGAGCCCUACACUUUAAUUUAUUCUUUCCGGACACUGGAGUCACUAACUGGCAUGUGUCUGCCUGUUGGAGUGCACCCAUACUCUACUCCAAAUCAAAACAACCACUAAGCGUUUCUCGCGUGCAGACUGCCGCCCCUUCAGCUGCCCUAAGCCCCGCUCCCCGCCUGCAGACCAGAGCUUCCCGGCGUUUCCUCCUCCCCAGCCGGAUGCACUGGGACGAGGCCCGGAGGGAGGAGCGCACCCAUAGCCUCUCGCGCACAGCCCCGCCCUGCGUAGAACUGGCUCAGGCUUCCGCUUCGGCGGGA